CAUGUUGAUAAUCGGCUCAGUAAUGAGGAGAGGUACUGAACGGCACCAAAUAUCUGACCCCGAUUCCUGGGAGUAAAGAGAGGCAGACAGAGGAGAGGGAGAAAGUGUGUGAGAACAGAGAAAGGAGAGAGGGCCAUGUGAAAAAGGGGUGGAGGGGAGCUGAGAUUUAGGGCUCUGCUGGAUGAAACAACCCCCCACUAACUAACGGAGAGGGAAAGUAGCCUAAUAGGAAGAAAAGAGGGGGUGUUGUACUCUUUAUUAAACUCUCAAAGACACGCAGGAAGUCUUUAUCGUUCCCAACAAUGAGAUCAGAAAAGGUGAUUUGGGCCUACUGUAAAGCCUAGGAUCCUGAUCAACAGGAGGAAGAGACAGUAUACACGUUCAUAGCAGCAGUUCACACAUGAGAGAAGAAAAUGUCUCGAACUGAAGAAGUCAACAAGAUGACAGAAAAUAUCUACAAGGGGAUUUUGGACCAGUUCAACCCCAGUCUGAAGAACUUUGUCACCAUGGGGAAACACUAUGAGAAAGCCCUGACAGGAGUAACUGUGGCUGCCAAAGGGUACUUUGAUGCACUGGUGAAACUUGGAGAACUGGCGAGCGACAGCCAAGGCUCCAAAGAGCUGGGUGACACACUGUUUCAGAUGGCAGAGGUCCACAGACAGAUUCAGGUGCAGCUGGAAGAUGUGCUGAAACUGUUUCACUCUGAGCUGCUCGCCCAGUUGGAGCAGAAGCUGGAGCUGGACAUCAAAUACCUCACUGCCACCUUGAAGAAGUACCAGAGUGAGCGGAGGUCAAAAUCGGAGUCCAUCGAGCGCUGCCAGUCCCAGCUGAAGAAGCUCCGCAGGAAGAGUCAGGGCAGUCGCCACCCAAGCAAAUAUGGAGACAGAGAAAUGCAGUUUGUGGAGCUGAUGAGUCGUCGCCAGGGCGAGCUGGACACGCUGGUUGCAGCGGGUUACAGGUCUGCGCUCACUGAGGAGAGGAGACGAUACUGUUUCUUGGUGGACAGACAGUGUUGUGUUACUAAACUGCUCAUUAACUACCACUCCAAGGUAAGAGAGCUUCUGUCACAGAAACUGUCAUCUUGGCAGCAGUCGUGUUCUCAGCCGACUAAACUCCCAGACCGUGCUCUCAAUCUGUUGCGUCACACUGCACCUCAGAGUUCAGGGGCCGCCAGGAUAACAGAGGUGCUCCGCCACACCAAGCUCAGCUCUGCUGUGCCAGAACAAAGGCUCUCUGUUCAGGAAGUCCCUCCUCUGUUGAAUGGAGACUCCAGUCGUUCCCAGCAGCAGCGCUCACUCCCCUCCACCUCCCACAGUGACACCUGUGCACCUCAGGGCUCCCCCCAGACUUCCCGCUCUGCUUCAUCCACUGGAGGAGCUGCUGGAGGUUCAUCACGAGGAGCGUCCCCUCAACACACUAGCACGCCUCACAGUGCAUCGGCCAGCCCCCUUCCUGACAACAGUGCCAGCGGCAGCACCAGCCCAGUCGCAUCCACUCCCACCAUGUCCAGCAGCUCAGCCCAACAGAGCUCCGUCCUCUUGGCCACCAACAUGUCCAGCCUCUCCCCAAGCCUCAUACCCUCCAUGGUGAUGUCGCUCAGCCAGAUCUCCCCGGCUGGCAGCUCCUCACAGGGUAUGACCCUACCCAUCCCCCACAGUGCUCCUCACAGUCCUCCACUGCCACACAGCGCUCCUCUCUCCAGGGCCAUGACUCCUGUGCAGUUACUACACCAGCAGGUGGGUCCAGGAGGAAGCAACACUUUAUCAUCAUCACAUAAUCCCUGGCUGCUGAAGACCACAGAAAUGUGUGCAACAGCAACGCUUCCACUGCCGAGGAGACCUGUCAGUGAAAUGAGGCUGGGUGGCUUUCAGGGUUCCAGUCUCCCCAGGAUGCUGCCGUUAUCUGGACCUACAUGUGUGGAAGCCAUGUUUGCUCACAGUCCUGGAACCUCAGAGGCUGGUGGGGCAGGGGGUGGGGCCUGUUUGCUGCACUUCUUGCCAGGUGACAACAUCACCCUGCUCAUCUCUGAGCCGAGAGAUGGGUGGCAUUAUGGUCAAAAUGAACGGACUGGACGGAAAGGCUGGUUUCCUUUCUCCUACACUCAGCCACACCACAGUAAACUGGAUCACCUCGAGAGUUCUCUCUUCUUAUCUAAAGCUAACAGCACCAGUACUGGCCAGCUCGACAGGCUGGUGUCUCCAGGCCUCCCAGCCUUCACUCCUGAGGUGGAGGAGGAGCGCUCCCUUCCUCCCCAAAGGGUCAGCACCUUCCGCCCGCGCCCGUACAGCAUGGUUGAUAGCAGCAAGAUCACCUCAGAACUAGCCUCUCCGCCGCCCUCUCCAACCAGGGAAAAUCCAUUUGCCCACGUACGACUCAGAAAAACCAUCACCAAUGAUCGCUCAGCUCCCAUCAUUGAGUAAAUGGUUGGUUCCCAAAGCAGAGAUCCUGUUUGUCCAUUGAGCCUCAGGUUGAGUUCUGGAAACAGCACGGUGUUGACUCUUUUGAAUUACUUUACUUUUUGAUUGUUCCCUUUGCAGUUUAAUUAAACACAGAUUGUGUUUUAUAUGCAAGGAUUUUAAAAUCAAAGUAUAAAAGGUUUUUUACCUGGUAAAGCCUGAUCUGUUACCAAUACGAUCACAGUCUGUUCACUGUUAAUGUGCAGUAGUUAAUAGGAGACAGUAGAAACAGGAUGACUGUAAUAAUUGAAAGUUCUGUUUGACUGAAAUGUGAACAUUAAAAUGUAGAAGUACGAUGUUUGGCUGUAUGUAGCUUGUAGCUGAAUCUUGCUUGUCCAGAAUAUCUAACAUUUUUAGGUUUUUCUCUGCCUGUGAAGGAUGCCUCUUCUUUCUGCAAUGCAUAAUCUUUACAUAGUUUUCUUGUUUGUUUUUUGUGCCAUAAUUGAGAAAGUUUUUUUGAUCAGCUGAUCUAAGGACUGGUUCCUAAACAGUAGGUUAAUUACUUUCACCUUGACUGAAAUGACAUGUUAUGGGAAGAGGACGGGGUCCUACUUUGGAAGUGCUAUUGUAUUUUUUAGAAGAGCUGCCAGAUUGUUGCAUUUUGAAGGUGAACUUUUAAGUUUAUUCAAAGUGCUUUUUUUUUAAACCUGGUGGUUUGGCUGAGAGAUAUUUGGCACAUCGGUGAAACUUGCACACUUUUACCUUAAAAUUUCAGAACAUGUACAUUGAUGUUUGAGGGUCCGUGCCAAUAUUAUCUAAUUUUUAUGCCAUUUACCACACAUCACAUUCUGCUGCAGUGAAGUUGCAUAUUAGUUUUUUAUGAAUGUAGAUAUUUGGAUUAGUUUAUCUUUUUAUGUGAGCUCAAAAUACAAUGUAAAACACAUUAUACUUUAUAAGUGAUAAUUGAAUGACUAAUGAGCAAGACUUGUGAAUCUCCAAAUGGAAUCACAGAGUGAAAUUGUAGUUAUUUAAUAGAGAACAACUCCUA